AAAAGAAAUGUUGUCUUCAUUAAGAACUAUGUAUGCUUUGUUAUACAUAUGUUUACGCUUACAAAUUGGACAAACAGAUCCUUGCAAAUUUGACGAGCGAUGUCAGUGUAGUAAAACGAGCAAAGGAUAUGUAACUGUAGAUUGUUCGUGGAAAAACAUAACAAAAAUCCAGAACUUACCCAAGUCUACUGUAUGUUUAAACGUAUCACACAAUUUGAUUGAAUACACUAGCAAAAGAUUUUUCGAAUCUGCCAAAUAUCUCUCAACAUUAGACUUAUCAUUCAAUAAAUUGUCAUCAAUAACUGUCGCUACAUUCAAUGGUCUCUGGAAAUUGCGUUACCUUUCUCUUGACAAUAAUGAAUUGGUUUACAACAACCAUACUUUUCAAAAGGAAACCUUUAGAGACUUGAAAUCUCUUUCUCAUUUAAGUUUGAAAAAUAACAAUAUCAGGUCUAAUGACUGUAAACGUCUUCCGGAUGACACAAUUAUGCAAUUGUCUGCUCUAGAAAAGCUGGAAUUGGAUGCUUGUGUUUGUGGAGAUGAUAUUUUCGGGAAAGGAUUCCACUACCUAAAGAAAUUGAAAUCAUUGGUAAUACGGAACAAUUUUAUCUGUUCAAUGUCAAAAUACACAUUCAGGAAUACUAAAAAUCUGCAAAAUGUUCUAAUACAUGGGAUUGGCGAAAUAUCAUUUCGAAAAGGAACAUUUCGACACUUAAGAUACCUAAAGCAUCUUGAAAUGUCUUUUGAUUCCAAAAAAGGUGGUAUAGUGUCGCCAGUAGAGAAAAUUGCAAAAGACUUUAUUUACACCUCAAUCGAAACUUUAAAACUGGGUCAGUUAAAAAUACCUUUACACACAUUUCCUUUGUACAUUCUUAAUAAAGAACUGUAUAAAAACAAUAUCACUGAAAUAUGCCUUACAGACAACGCGGGAAAAGGAGGACAUUUUCCAAUACCUAUGGGUGCUCCGCCACAAACUCUUCAAAUUUUGGAUUUAUCAAACAACAGUCUAACUCGAUUUAUACUUGAUAUAAAAAACUUUACUCGUCUUAUUUUAAAGCAAAAUUUACUAGGUGAUUUCUUAUCGACGGAAUCUUAUUUUGAAAAGAAAACUAACGAGUAUUUCAGUAUGAUUGAAACUAUUGAUAUAUCUCAAAAUGACAUAAAAGAACUUGCACCAUUCACAUUUUAUUCUCAACCAUUAUUACAUCAUAUUGAUUUAAGUAACAAUAAAAUACAAGACAUCACAUUCGAUUUGUCCUGUUUGUUGGCCCUCGAAUUUCUGAAUCUCUCGAAUAAUAGAAUCAAGUUUUUUAAUGAAAGUGUUAUGCGUACUAUUAACACAUUAGUGAUGAACAAACAGCUUACUAUAGAUCUUUCUCAAAAUUUAUUGCAAUGUACAUGCAAGACAAUUCCAUUUUUACGAUGGAUGAUCGAAAGCAAUGUCUUAUUUGUUGACCUUCAAGAGUACAGCUGUACUUUAGAAGAUGGUAGCAUAAUUAUCUUGAAUCCGUUCGAAUACAAAGUCCUUCAGUUAGAAAAAACCUGCAAAUCGUACCUAGGACUGAUAAUAGGUGUAUCAUUGGCACUCCUAGUUGUUAUCAUGACUGUUUUCACAACUUUAGUGUAUCGAUAUCGGUGGAAAAUACGAUACAUGUACUAUAUGACAAAAGGAAAGUACAGCUAUCAGAAAAUAUCGCCCGAUAAUGACGAUGAAUAUACGUAUGACGCAUUUAUAUCAUACUCCGAAGAUGACAGAAGUUUUGUCUUUAACGACUGCAUUGAAAAACUUGAAAAAGAAGAAAACUUCAGGCUAUGCAUACAUCAACGCGAUUUUAUGCCCGGACAAGACAUCACUGUAAACAUAACAAAUUGCAUUCACACAAGUAGAAAAACAGUCUGUUUGAUAACAAAAAAGUUUCUCGAGUCAUAUUACUGCAUGUUCGAAUUCAACAUGGCACGUAUGGAGAGUAUUUAUUCACGACAUGGAAGAAACAUUUUAUUCCUUGUGUUUUAUGAACAAAUUCUGCCUAAAGAACUUCCACUUGUCAUGCUAGAACUAGUCCAGAAAGAGUCUUACAUGGAAUACCCUAAUGACGAACAAGGAAAUGUUGUUUUCUGGGAAAAAAUACAAGAAACGUUAAGGACAAACGUUCGAGCAUGAGUUUUAGCGAUAAAUCGAAACAGGGAGGUUCAUGUUUCAUUUUGCUUCCAAUAGAAUAACUCAUCAUCUCAUGAAGAUUUAUUGCUUUGUUCCAAGUUAUGUAAACUGCAUUCUGUUCAGAAAUAGUUCAUCUGAUUUUGUUUAUAGUAAAAUAGUAUUGUUUUUCUUC